AUGCCACAUACAGCCGAAUAUAUUAAUUUUGAAGGUACAUCUAAUAACGUCGAGAUCACAUCGAUUUUAUCUGGUGGUUACAACCAUCCGUUAUUGAGAGAAUGGCAAAAUGAAAGACAAUUGACUACCAAUAUGUUGAUUUUUCCAAUUUUUUUAUCAGACAUUGAAGAUGAUGAAACUGCUAUUGAUUCUUUACCUAAUAUCAAGAGAUUUGGAGUUAACAAAAUAGUGGCUUAUUUGAAACCAUUGGUCGAGAAAGGAUUAAGAAGUGUUAUAUUGUUUGGCGUUCCAUUGAAAGAAGGUGCCAAAGAUGCAUACGGUACAAAUGCUGAUGAUCCAAAUGGCCCAGUUAUUCAAGGUAUUAAAAUUUUGAAAAAAAAUUUCCCUAAUUUAUACAUUAUUUGUGAUGUCUGUUUAUGUGAAUAUACAUCUCAUGGACAUUGUGGGAUUUUAGAUGACUCUGGUGCCAUUGACCUAAACCCAAGUGUUUCCAGAAUAGCUGCAGUAGCCAUAAAUUAUGCCAAAGCAGGUGCCCAUUGUGUUGCUCCAUCUGAUAUGAUUGAUGGUAGAAUCCAGAUGAUCAAGAAAGGUUUAUUAAGCAAUGGCUUAGCCAAUAAAACUUUUGUUCUAUCAUACUCUGCCAAAUUCAGUGGUAACUUAUACGGACCAUUCAGAGAUGCCGCAUGUUCGUCACCUUCAAGUGGUGACCGUAAAUGUUACCAAUUGCCAUCUGGAGGUAGAGGCCUAGCAAGAAGAGCAUUGAAGAGAGAUCUACAAGAAGGUGCCGAUGGUAUUAUUGUAAAACCUUCAACUUUCUAUUUGGAUAUCAUGAGAGAUGCUGCUGAAAUUUGUCACGACCUACCAGUCUGUGCGUACCAUGUAAGUGGUGAAUUUGCGAUGUUACAUGCUGCUGCUGAGAAAAACGUUGUUGAUUUGAAGACUAUUGUAUUAGAAUCUCAUCAAGGUUUCUUGAGAGCUGGUGCAAGAUUAAUCAUCACAUACUUCGCACCUGAACUAUUAGAUUGGCUCAAAGAAUCUCAAUAA